AUGUUUCUCAUGAACGCGCCUCCUGUGCUGGCCCUGCGGUCCGCGUGGGAGGCCUUCGGCCCGCCCGGGAGCUGUAGGUUUCCCCGAUGCUUCUCAGAGCCCAGAGAGGGCAGCUCGAGAGCGGCGGCGAGCGCCCAGGUGCAGAUGGCCAUCAGCAGGCUUCAGGGCGACAGGGCAGCCCUGGGCAUGAGUGGCGAGCAUGCCCGGCCAGGAAGCCAGAGGGCAGAGAGGGGCCGGGGCGCCCUGCCGGCUGCCAGCCCUGCCUUUGCGGCCUGUGGUCUCGCUGUGGGUCUUGACCCCAAGCAGGAGGAGGAGGAGGCCUCCAGCCUCAGGCCCCUGGUGCCGGAUUCGGACAGCGACGACUCGGUGGACCGGGACAUCGAGGAAGCCAUCCAGGAGUACCUGAGGGCCAAGAGCGGGGCCGCCCCACCGCCUGCAGCCGGGGACGCAGCCCGUCGGUGCAGACCAGAGCCACCUCUGAGCGGCGCCCCAGCCACCCCGUGUCCCCCAAACCCUGCAGCUGGCCCCAGCCCUGUCCAGGGCUCCGCCUCCCCGCUCAGCGUGAGCAGCGAUGACUCCUUCGAACAGAGCAUCCAGGCGGAGAUCGAGCAGUUCCUGAGCGAGAAGAGGCUGCAUGAGACCCAGAAAGGUGGCCUCCCUGCCAACAGAAAGGCAGACCCCGGUGACAGCCUGGCCAGAGCCACCUGCAGGCCUGGCGGAGAGCUGCCACUGAGGGCACCGCAGCAGGACCUGCCGGGCGCCAGCAAGGAGUUCAUCUUCCGGAAGCUGCCCAGGUCCGCGAAGGCCAGCGCACUGCCCAGAGGCCUCAGGUGCAAGGUCGCCACCGAGCCGGCUGCUGCUGCCACUGCGGGGCCCCCUGCAGAGGCCGCGCCGGGUAAAGGCGGGGUCCGCAGGGGCGCGGGCUCCACGCGGAAGGGCAGGCAGCCACGGGGCGCCGCCCUGGUGCAUGAGGAGCCUGACUCGAGCAGCGACGACGGCAUCGAGGAGGCCAUCCGGCUGUACCAGCGGGAGCAGCGGAGGGAGGCCCGGGCCCCGCAGGGCCCCCUGGCCACGGAGGAGAAAGGGCCCCACAGCCUGAGGGGGCCCUGGCCCGAGGCCCACAGCAAAACCCCCGGCAAGAAGAAGCCAGCGGCCCCCAAGGCCACGGACCUCGGCCCGGGCAGCCCAGACCCUGAGCACCCGCCCAGGCCCCCCAGGGAAACCACGGCUCCCGUGCCUCCGGGGAGCUUGGCUGCUGAGAGCCUGGGCCUGGACGGGCCCCCAUGCCGGGCAGACACGCCUGCCGAGCUGAUGUGUGCCGAGGCCAUCCUGGACAUCUCCAAGGCCAUCCUGCCAGCCCCCGUGGACGGCGGGGAGAGGCCCGCACCCACCAGCCCGCUGCGCCAGGGCCCCGACAGCGACAGCAGCGCCGUGGACAGUGAUGACAGCAUCGAGCGGGAGAUCCGGACGUUCCUGGCCCUGAAGGCGCAGUCGGGGGGCCCGCUGCCCCACACGGAGACCUGCGCCCGGCCCGCCCACAGCCCGCCGCCGCCCAGCCUCAGCGCCCCAGCCCCUGACGCUCCAGACCCGUCCCCGGGCUGCAGAAGGAGGCGCAGCAGGAUGCCCUGCACGCCCAGGCGGCCCAGGGACACGGCCGAGACGCAGGGUGCCCAGGACGCCGAGCGCGGCCAGGGCCGGGUGCAGCCUGGCCAGGGGCGAGCCCCCGAGGCCCCGAGAAGGGAGAGCGAGAGCCGCAGCCAGCCUCUCCCCUUCAAGACGGGCGGGCCGGGCGAUGAGCUCGGGGCCCCGGACCCACUGGGAGCCGCACCACCUGGCCCCGGGCAGACGGCCGAGGGGAGGCGCGGGGACAGACAGGCGAGCUCCGAGGAGAAGAGCAGCUCGCUGGAUAGCGACGAGGACCUGGACACGGCCAUCAAGGACCUGCUGCGCUCCAAGCGGCGGCUCCGGAAGCGGUGCAGGGACCCCCGGGCUGGCUGCAAGAAGAGGGUCCGCUUCAGCACCACGGAGACGCAGUUCCUGGACAAACUGGGGAGCUUCCAGAAAGACUGGAGAGACCGAAGCCCCCAUCUGCUGAAAAGCUGUCUCUCCAAGUCCAGAAGGGACAGCAGGGAGAGCCCGGGGAGACCCCUGCAUGUCCCCUGCCGGGAAACAGCAAGGGCGAAGGCGGACGGCUCAGGGCCAGAGGACGCGCCCUCGGGCCCCUCAGCACCCUGGACCCGGGGCAGGGCUGUGCCCGGGGGCCCGUUCUCCAGGGAGUCGGCAGCCCGAGAGCCUCCUGGUGCCGCCGAAAGCCCCAGCUCCCUGUCUGACGAGAGCAGCUCCGUGGACAGCGACGACAGCAUCGAGCUGGAGAUCAGGAAGUUUUUGGCCGAAAAGGCCAAGGAGCCCGUGAGCGGAUCAGAAAUUCCAGGAGGGGGCCCAGCCGCCCUGGGAACGCUGACUGGGGCCAGGCCGGAGCUCCCGGGCAGGAAAGCAUUGCCCCACGGCCCUGCUGCCCAGCCUGGCACGUGCACGAGGAGCCAGAGGGUCAGGGGGGCCCCGCUGCUGGGGGCCGAGGGACCCCGGGGGCCAGGAACAGCCCUCGCUCCAGGUGGGGGGAGCAGCCUGCACCCUGAGCAACCCUGUCCCCCGGCCACCUUGGCCCGGUGCGAGUUGGCACCACCCAGAAGCACCAGUGGGCCUGCCCCUGCCAAAGGGGCGCCGGCUCCAAGGAGAAGCAUCUGUGCCCCCAGAGACCCGGGCCCCAGGGGGCCUGACGGGGUUACAGAGGAGGGCACGUUCGGCCAGCUCCCGAGCCGCGCAGAGGCUGGCGCCCGGGCAGAGGGCUGCUGCUCGCUGGCACGGACCCCGGGCUCCCAGCGGGACGGGGCACCCCGGGCCGGCCUCACCCUCCCCUGGCCUGACCUCACCCCCCAGAGCCGGCUGCAGAGCACCUGGGUACUGGGCCCAGAAGGCAGGGACGUGGCUGCGUGGAGAGGGGGCCUUGGCGGCCAGAAGGAGAAGGGGCCGGGGGGCCAGGCCCGGGGCUCACCCAGCCUCGCCACAGACCCCCGGAGGGGCCUGCCCUUUGCCGGCUUCUCGCCGCUGCUCUCCACGCAGCUAUUCCAUUUCGGGAAGAGCGUGCCUUGGGGCGCCAAGCAGACCGGCCUCUUCAGCCCUGGCCUGGGUCUGCCGCUGCAGGGCCCGUCCUUCUCGGCCUUCCGGGAGGCCCAGGCCUCCUGCGGCCCGAUGUUUGGAAGCCCGCGCCUGCUGGUGAAGGAAAGCGGCCGCUGGCCUUGCAGGAAGCCCCGGGCAGGGCUCGGCCUGUCCGACAGGAGGGCCUCGGGGCCAGAAGAGGGUGUCCUGGACCUGCGGUUUGGGCGCAGGGGGCUGGACAGAGACGAGGAGGAGCCGGAGGCCUUGGGCAGCGACGCCAGCGAGCUCAGCGACACGUCGGUGGAGGAGGGCAGCGGGCCCGCGGCCCAGGGCCCAGUGCUGCAGCUGUGAGCGCCGCGUGCGUGCGGGCCCUGCAGCCGUGCUCCUGGUGGAACGGGGGCCCUGGGGGUCCCUGUGCAGCCUGUACAUGUGUACACUAACGUGAAACCGUGUUUUUAUUUAACAGACGUGUCCUGGUAAACAUGACUUUUGCGGCCUUUUUUGUAAAUUAUUUAAAGUGCUGUAA